AUGGAGCUUGAUUUGCUUGAGCUUCAUGUUGACCUUGAGAAUUCAAAGACUAAAGGCUUCAGCAAAAGUGAUACCAAUGAUAGCAAAGUCAUAACUUGCUAUGAAUGUGGUAAAACAGGUCACAUCAGAUCUGAGUGGUAUAAACUGCAGAACAAAAACAAGCCUGUAAAGACUAAAGGAAAGGAUCAACAACCUUCAUCAAAGAGAGCUUACAUUGCCUGGAACGACAAUGAUGAAGAUUCAUCUGAUGAUUCUGAAGAUGAGGAAGCUAACUUGUGUCUCAUGGCAAAUACUGACUCAGAAUCUGACAACGAAGUAAGUACAACCUCUAAUCCAUCCUAUGAUGAACUGCAUGAUGCCUUUAAUGAAUUGCAUACUGAAUAUGUUAGUGUUCUCAAACAAUUAAUCAGUACUAAGAAACUGCUAGAACAAAAAUGCAUGUUGUAUGAUGAAAUUAAUUUGAAGCAUGAGUCUCUUAGAGACAUAAAUGAAGAAUUGAAAAAAGAAGCAUGUGCAUUGAAAUGUGAUGUAGCUAAGUUUAACAGUGGUAAGAACAACUUAGAUAGACUUCUUAGAAGUCAAAGAAAUCUAAAUGUUAAAACUGGACUUGGCUAUAAACAACACAUGCAUGUUAAAGGGCAUCAAAAGUUUGUUAAAUCAAAACAAAUGCAUGAUAACUUUACUGGACCAAAUCUGAAAUCAUCCCCUGCUGUUGAUCUAAAGCACAACUUGCUAAGUAUCAGCCAGCUGUGUGACAAGGGAUUCAAGGUACAUUUUACCUCUAUGAGCUGCACACUUGAGCAUAAGGAAGUUAAAGGUAUGAAAUUGACAGGUAAAAGAGUUAACAAUAUUUACAUGAUAGAUUUUGAUUCCUUACCUGCAAAUGACAUAUGUUGCUUAUUAUCAAAUGCUGAUGAGAACUGGCUGUGGCAUAAGAGAGUGGCCCAUAUUCAUAUGGAUCACUUGAAUAGACUAGUUAGAAAGCAGUUAGUCCUAGGUCUCCCAAAUAGGAAGUUUUCUAAGGAUAGGUUAGAAGCUUUGGAGGGAACCUAUAUGGGUAUGUGCUGGUAG